GUGCUGGUGCUGGUGGCCCUGCUGGGGGCCGGGGGGGCCGGGGGGGCCCCACAGCCCUGGGGGUCCCGCUGGGGGUCCCGCUGGGGGUCCCGGCGGCCCUGGGGGUCCCCCCCGGGCGCCCCCCGUGUCGCCCCGUCAACGUGACGGUGGCGGCCGAGAAGGACGAGUGUCCCCAGUGCCUGGCCGUGACCACGACGGCCUGCGGGGGCUACUGCCGCACCCGGGAGCCCGUGUACCGCAGCCCGCUGGGGGCCCCGGCGCAGGCGGCCUGCGGCUAUGGGGCUCUGCGCUACGAGCGCCUGGCGCUGCCCGGGUGCCCCCCCGGCGCGGACCCCGCCGUCGCCGUCCCCGUGGCCCUGAGCUGCCGCUGCGCCCGCUGCCCCAUGGCCACCGCCGACUGCACCGUCGCCGGCCUGGGGCCCGCCUUCUGCGGAGCCCCCGCCGGCUUCGCCCCCCAAUAA